AUGGGAGAGGAGAUAGUGAGCUUCAUACAAGAUUUCUAUAGAGGAGGUAAACUUCCUAAAGCUGUUACUUCAUCCUUUCUAGCCUUAGUACCUAAGUGUGAAAAUCCUUUAAGACUUGAAGAAUAUAGACAUAUAUGCUUGAUUAAUAGUCUGCUUAAGAUAAUCUCUAAGGUUCUCGUGGCAAGAUUGAGAAAGCAUGAGGUUCGGGACAAGAUAGAUGAGAUGGAUGGAAUCAAUGGUUUUCACCAGCACCUUGUAGCCAGAGGUCUACGACAGGGUGACCUAUUGUCCCCAAUUAUUGCAGAAGAAUUGGCUGCCAUGAUGAGGCAGACUGUACAUAGAGGACUGUACAGUAGCUUCAAGCUUUCAAAUACAUUGGAAUAUAACCUUUUACAAUUUGCAAAUGACACAAUAUUAUUUGGGGAUGGCUCUUGGUCAAAUUUAUGGGCAGUCAAAGCAAUAUCGAGGGGAUUUGAAAUGAUUUCUGGACUGAGUAUCAACUUGGAUAAAAGCAAGCUUUAUGGAGAACACAGUCCCUCACAUUGUUUAGAAGCAAGUGCCAGUUUCUUAGGAUGUAAUAUUGAUAAAGUUCCAUUUAAGUUUUUGGGAUUUCGAGUAGGUGGGAACCAAAGAUGUGUUGAGUUUUGGAAACCGGUUGUCAAAUCAUUAGAAGCAAAACUAUCCACUUGGAAAGGUAGAAUGUUAUCCAUACGAGGAAGAGUAAAAUUGAUUAACAGUGUCUUAUCUAAUAUGCUAGAGAAUACAAAUGUCGACGAAUGGUGGGAGAGUUUGCUUGCUUAUGAGGAAGAAGUCAAAGGAAGGUUGGGAAGUAAGAGAGGUGUAGCAAUUUGGCUUACAAUUUAUUGGUGCAUAUGGAAACAUAGGAAUGCCAUAAUAUUCAAUGGGGAUGUGUUGGAUAUGGAACAUGUAUAUUACUCAAUAUUAAGCUCUUUCGAUGAACUUGAAGAACAAAUGCUUAAAGAGCAGAAAUUGCAGGGACUCAACACAUAUGAUUACAAUGUAGCUAUGAGGGAGCUGGAGCAAGAGCAGGAACAACAACUAGGAGUUAGAGGCCAGCAAAGUCCCCAAAUGUCAACCAUUAGCUCAUUUACUGGGUUGAGCAGUGUAAGCUCCUUCAAUGCUUUACAUCGUGGUGCAUGGUGUACACCUCCACGCAUGAUCCUUGAGGAUUAG